AUGGAAAAGAAGUUGCAGGAAGCCAAGGAUAACGAACAAAGAAAUCUUGAACUGCAAGAAGCUGUACGACAUCUGUCCCGGGUGCCCGGUAGCUGUCCUGUUGGCAGGUGCAACGAGAUAGUAUUCCCAUCAAAUAUGAUGAUGCACAUGCUGCACAAGCAUAUGUAUACUCUGGGCACUACGAACUCUGAGAUCUAUGAGCACAAGCCGCUGGUCAUGUGCUUUGAUCCGACAGGCUACGAGCACGGCGUUAACAACUGCAUGGCCACGCUCCUGUACGGAGGAGUGAAGGGCAAGCCGUCGACGCAACCGGGCCUCAGCUAUCUGAGCAAUCCGAACUCAGCGCUUAUUAACGAUCACCACAGGUUCGACAAUUAUCUGCCCAUAAUGUUGAUGGUCUGCCGUACCACCUGGUAUGCCCAGCUCAAGGAUAAGCAGCUGGAGCGCCAACUGGUCUCAAUUAAUGCCAACAAGGCCGGCAUCUAUGUCUUUUGGCUGGUCGCACCCAAGACAACUCGCAAGAUCUACUACACACUGACUGUCUACGAUCGUUACUAUCUGAACUCGCGCAGUGUUAUUCGCGUGGUGCGCGACUAUACUCACUACCAGAAUCCCAGCGAUUUUCUACCCAAUGAGGACAACUAUCUGUUGCUGCGUGACACGGAGGUCAAUGAUUUUAUGAGCAUGAGCAAGACAGGCCCCAGCGCGGAGUCGAAGCUGAACAAGCUCGGCAUACCCAUAGAACUCAUCAUCUACGAAGAUCCGAAAAAUCCGCCUAUCCGACAUAGCAGUCAAAGGGAGCUACAGGAAGCACUGGAACAGGUACAAGAGCUAUACAUUAAGGACAGUAUGCCACGCAUCAAGGGAUCUGUUAGACGCGCCACCUCGGGCACAGUGUCAAAAGCCAGAAAACCGCGCUCAAAUACAAGCUCCUCAACGGUAUCUUCGCUGAACCGCAGCUCGAUGGUCUUCAAGUGA